CCUUGCUUUGCAUCCUGAACGUGUGUUGGUGGCAACAGGUCAAGUUGGAAAAGAACCAUACAUCUGCGUGUGGGACUCGUACACUGUGCAAACUGUAUCUGUUCUGAAAGAUGUUCACACACAUGGUAUAGCUUGCUUGGCUUUUGAUUUAGAUGGUCAGCGUUUGGUCUCAGUUGGUUUGGAUUCGAAAAAUACAGUUUGUGUAUGGGACUGGAGAAGAGGAAAAUUGUUGUCAGUGGCUCCUGGUCAUACAGACAGAAUAUUUGAUAUUUCCUGGGAUCUGUACCAGCCAAACAAACUUGUUAGCUGUGGCGUAAAACACAUCAAGUUCUGGACCUUGUGUGGCAAUUCAUUGACACCAAAACGUGGUGUUUUUGGCAAAACUGGUGAUCUCCAAACUAUAUUGUGCCUAGCCUGUGCCAGGGAUGAAGUGACAUAUUCUGGUGCACUGAAUGGAGAUAUAUAUGUAUGGAAAGGAAUCAACCUUGUGCGGACAGUCCAGGGAGCACAUGCGGCAGGCAUUUUCAGCAUGAAUGCAUGUGAGGAGGGAUUUGCCACUGGUGGCAGGGAUGGCUGUGUUCGCUUGUGGGACUUAAAUUUUAAACCAAUUACUGUGAUUGAUCUCAGGGAAACAGACCAGGGAUAUAAAGGUCUGUCUGUAAGAAGUGUUUGCUGGAGAGGAGACCAUAUACUCGUCGGAACACAAGACAGUGAAAUUUUUGAGAUUGUGGUGCAUGAACGUAAUAAGCCUUUCCUGAUAAUGCAGGGGCAUUGUGAAGGAGAGCUGUGGGCUUUGGCUGUCCAUCCUACAAAACCUCUAGCAAUGACUGGAAGUGAUGAUCGAUCAGUCAGAAUUUGGAGUCUGAUAGACCAUGCUCUGAUUGCCCGGUGCAAUAUGGAGGAGCCCAUCCGCUGUGCUGCGGUCAGCACGGACGGAAUCCACCUCGCCCUCGGGAUGAAGGAUGGCUCUUUCACAGUGCUUCGAGUCAGAGAUAUGACUGAGGUUGUUCAUAUCAAAGACAGGAAAGAAGCUAUUCAUGAACUGAAAUAUUCACCAGAUGGGAAUUUCCUGGCUGUUGGUUCCAAUGAUAGCUCUGUGGAUAUAUAUGGUGUUGUUCAGCGAUACAAGAAAGUUGGGGAAUGUAUUGGAUCUUUAAGUUUCAUCACCCAUAUGGAUUGGUCUUCGGACAGUAAAUACUUACAGACCAAUGAUGGUAAUGGGAGAAGACUUUUUUACAGAAUGCCAAGUGGAAAGGAAGUAACAAACAAGGAAGAAUUAAAAGGCAUUCAGUGGGCAUCAUGGACCUGUGUUUCUGGCCUUGAAGUUAAUGGAAUCUGGCCCAAAUAUUCAGAUGUAAAUGAUAUAAAUUCUGUGGAUGCAAAUUUUAUUGGCCAAGUUAUGGUUACAGCUGAUGAUUAUGGAAUAGUAAAGCUCUUUCGAUACCCAUGUCUAAGAAAAGGAGCAAAGUUUAAAAAAUACCUGGGUCAUUCUGCUCAUGUGACAAAUGUCAGAUGGUCACACGAUCACCAGUGGGUUGUUUCCAUUGGGGGAGCUGAUCAUUCUGUCUUUCAGUGGAAAUUUGUCCCUGAUCGAAAGUUGAAGGAUUCUCUUCAUAUAGCACCCCAAGAGAGUCUGGUUGAUUCUAAUAGUGAUGAAUCGGAUUCAGAUCAGUCUGAUGUUCCAGAGCUGGACUCUGAAAUUGAACAAGAGACACAGAUCACCUAUCGUCGACAGGUUUACAAAGAAGAUCUACCUCAACUUAAAGAGCAAUGCAAAGAAAAAAGAAAAAGUGCAGCUUCUAAGAGGCGAGAGCGAGCUCCAGGGAACAGUAUAAGAUUACAUUUUGUUCAUGGGUACAGAGGCUACGACUGCCGGAGCAAUUUGUUCUACACGCAGGCGGGGGAGCUCGUGUACCACGUGGCGGCAGUGGGGGUGGUGUACAGCCGGCAGCAGAACACCCAGCGCUUUUACCUGGGGCACGACGAUGACAUCCUUUGCCUUGCUAUUCACCCCUUAAAGGACUAUGUGGCCACAGGCCAGGUUGGUCGAGAUUCCUCAAUACACAUUUGGGAUACAGAAACAAUAAAACCACUCUCAGUAUUAAAGGGCUAUCACCAAUAUGGUGUUUGUGCUGUUGACUUUUCAGCGGAUGGCAAACGAUUGGCUUCUGUUGGCAUAGAUGACAAUCACACUAUUGUGCUCUGGGACUGGAAGAAAGGAGAAAAGCUUUCAGCUGUAAGGGGAAGCAAAGACAAGAUUUUUGUUGUUAAGAUUAAUCCUUAUCUGCCUGAUAAAUUGAUUACAGUUGGAAUUAAACACAUGAAAUUUUGGCGUAGAGCAGGGGGAGGACUGAUUGGGAGAAAGGGCUGCACAGGUACGUUGGGAAGGACAGACACGAUGAUGUGUGCAGUGUACGGCUGGACUGAAGAGAUGGCGUUCUCUGGAACCUCCACGGGGGAUGUGUGUAUUUGGAGAGAUGUGUUUCUCAUAAAAACUGUCAAAGCACAUGAUGGUCCUGUGUUCAGCAUGCACGCACUGGAAAAAGGAUUUGUCACAGGAGGAAAGGAUGGAGUAGUAGCUCUCUGGGAUGAUACCUUUGAACGUUGUCUCAAAACCUAUGCCAUCAAAAGGGCUGCUUUGGCCCCUGGGUCUAAAGGUCUCCUCUUAGAAGAUAAUCCUUCUAUACGUGCCAUAUCUUUAGGACAUGGUCAUAUUUUAGUGGGCACAAAAAAUGGUGAAAUACUGGAGGUGGAUAUAAGUGGACCAAUAACUCUGCUGGUUCAGGGUCACAUGGAGGGGGAAGUUUGGGGUCUAGCUACUCAUCCUCAUUUACCUAUUUGUGCCACUGUAAGUGAUGACAAAACCUUAAGAAUAUGGGAUUUAUCUCCUAGCCAUUGUAUGUUAGCUGUUCGCAAGUUGAAGAAGGGAGGCAGAUGUUGCUGCUUUUCUCCUGAUGGAAAAGCAUUAGCCGUUGGUCUCAAUGAUGGAAGUUUUUUGAUAGUUAAUGCUGAUACCCUGGAGGAUUUAGUCUCUUUCCAGCACAGGAAAGAUGUUAUUUCAGAGAUACGAUUUUCUCCUGGGGCUGGAAAGUACUUAGCUGUAGCAUCCUGUGACAACUUUGUAGAUAUUUACAAUGUAAUGAGCAGUAAACGAGUAGGAAUCUGCAAGGGAGCCUCCAGCUAUAUCACACACAUGGACUGGGACGUAAGAGGGAAGCUCUUGCAAGUCAACACUGGUGCUAAAGAGCAACUGUUCUUUGAAGCUCCUCGUGGGAAAAAACAGACAAUUCCUAGUUUGGAGGUAGAAAAGAUUGGCUGGGCAUCAUGGACAAGUGUUCUGGGCUCUUGCUGUGAAGGAAUCUGGCCAAUAAUUGGUGAAGUCACAGAUGUAACUGCUUCAUGCCUCACUAGUGAUAGUAAAGUGUUAGCCACUGGAGAUGAUUUUGGAUUUGUGAAACUGUUUCGAUACCCUGCUAAAGGAAAGUUUGGAAAAUUUAAGAGAUAUGUUGCUCACAGUACCCAUGUAACAAAUGUCCGUUGGACCUAUGAUGACAGUUUGCUGGUCACUAUUGGAGGGGCAGACACCUCUUUAAUGCUGUGGACUUAUGAGAUGGAAGGACAUCGGGAUAGCAGACAGUGUGACAGUGAAGAAUCUGACCUAGAUUCUGAAGAAGAUGGAGGUUAUGACAGUGAUGUGACAAGGGAAAAUGAAAUUAAUUACACCAUCAAAGCCUUAUCAACAAACAUUAGACCAAUGUUUGGAAUUAAGCCUCAUCUGCAACAAAAGGAGCCAACCAUAGAUGAAAGGUAAUUGCUAAGUUACAAUUCUAGCC